AUGGUUAUCGGCUGGAAGGACAGGCUGGUCGGGUUGGAGAUAAAAUCUCGCUCUCCGGUGUACCGGUGGCUAGGCAUGCGGGCAGUUUCACGCGCCACCAGUCUACCGGUGUUGCCUCAGUCAGUUCGCUUAUCUGAGACGUACUCCUUGUUCGCAUUUGUGCUGGCACGCCUGUUCAACGAAGUGGAGCACUGGCAGUCCAGGUGUGGCCGCAGUAGACUGGAGGAGUUCUCCCUGUCCACGCUGGAAGGUUGGGGCGUGUUUAACAAGCUGAGAGUGCAGCAUCAAGUGGAGGAGCUAGAACUCAUGUACGUGCAGUGUGUGGCUAGGUUUGUGGAGACGAGCCACCCCAAGCUCCACCUCAGCUUCCCUCAGCGCUACUCAGCCCUGCUGGAGGAAGUGCGGCAGAAAUUGCUGCACAACCUCACUUCCAGAACUCUGCGCACACACUUGCUGGAGCUGCUUUUGCAAGUGCACAACCAAGGGGUUCCCCUUAUGUCUCACCGGACCUCUGGCACUGACGUGGCCACCCAGACAGAUGGGCAAGCGGUGAAUGAGAGGGACAGAGACGGCCAUCGUGCAGAUAGUCGGGCUGCUGCGCGGGUAGCUGAGCAAACAAAUGAGAUGGCCACGAGGGGUUCAGUAGGCUUUUACCGGCCACCCCGAGGGAGUCUGAACCCCAGGGCGGAUCCUUUUGUUCCCCAUGUGUUUCCAUCAGAAAUCGAGGAGGGUGAUUCCGCACAGCUUCUGUCUCCCCCAGACGGCGCAGAGUACAGCGGUGAAGUGCCUGUGCUUCCCUUAGACAACGUUAAGAGCAUUGUUGGGCAUGGCGGUUCGCACACAUGCACUGCACUGCGAGAUGUGGAUGGUGCUGAGCUGGAGAAUUGCUUGGAAUCUUCUAAAUCGAAUAAUCUUCCGCCUCUCAAAGAGAGUAGUAGUGUGGGCAAAAUUCACCACAGUUCCCACCAUGCCAUAGACAGAAGGAGGAAGUUCCCCAAGUCCUUGCUCCAGCUUCCACCCCGGCUGCUCCAAAAGUGCAUGACAGACAGCCACCUCUUCUUGAAAGGCGCCGGCACUCACAAUAGCCACGCAGCUAACACAAGCAGUGGACAUGCAGCUGACUUUGACAACAAUGGUCACGCUGCUGACAGGGAUAGUGACCGCGCAGUUAGCGGAGACAGCGGCCGUGCAGCUCACAGCAGGAGCAAGGUCGUUCACUUCAGACAAAGAGAGGCUGAAACUGGCUCCAAGUCUUUUAGUCCUCCUCAAGAGCUGGACUUCAGUAAUACAGCAGAAUCUGAGGAAAUGACCACUGGUCAAACAAAUGGAGGGUGUUCCCUUGCAAGGACUGAGGAUGGUUAUAGAUGUCUGGAACUGCAAAGUGGUGUUGGACAAUGUGGUGAUGGAAGUGAAGGCAGACUUGACUCAGCUCUGCUCUACCACCACAACCGCAAAAAUUCCUUUGAUGGGAAGGGCAACGAACGUGACUCCUCCGAGGACCAGGAACAUUUGUUGGAUCAAAGCAAGGACUAUCAUGUCUUAAUUCGUCCUGAUGGUGACUUUACGUACUCUGUCAGUGGAAAUAGUGACCUUAAACACGACAAGUUUGACAGCACAAGUGACCCAGAACAUACUCUCGAAGCAGCUGGUCAUGUUGGGCCUCUGGAUGAGGUCAUGGGCUCGGACUGUACAGCCGCUCCCAUCCGUGGCCUCUCCGAACGGGUUGUCCAACAUCCAACACUGCCUUCCUCUGGUGGUGAGGUAGAUGAGUGCUCUAGGGGAAUGCUUCCAGGUACCUUGACUAUUGGAGAAACUGGUCAGGUGUCAAGGUCACAGUAUGGUCUGUCAUAUUCAGGAGAUAGCUGGCCCGUGUCAGAUGAUGAUCAGCUGGAAUUGAACCGUGAUCAGGUGAAAUCAGGUGAUGGUCAGGUGAGAACUUUUGACAGUGGAUCUAGGAAAAAUGACUGUGAAACUAAGGGAGAUUUUAAUCAGCUAGGGCCAGACAAUGGUCCGGCGAGGAAGGAGCUUGCUGUAAGAAACAGCCAAACAGUGUGUAAAGACCAGGCUGGACAAAACAGUAAAGAGGGUGUACAGGAAAGUCUCAGGGGGAGAGAAUUGUGUAAAAAGAUGCAUUUGGCUUAUACACCAGAUGAACUGAGGGCUCUGAACCCCUUCAGUGGGGAUGGGAUGGGUCAGGCACGAGUGCUCAACGAGUUCAGAGAUCGUUGUAUGACUUUUCUGAAGGGUUUGCCCAAUGCACACGAACUGCCCAUCAGGGAGCCGCCCGGAUGGGUGAGCAAGGCAUCAAAGCCCACAGCCCGUUACGGCUGUUCUGGCGAAGCUCCCGUGGCUCUGUCCACUGUGCUGGGCUCCGACUGGAUGAACUGGAAGAAGUUAAGUGAUCUGUUGCCCGAAAGCAAACUGGGUCAGCAAAAAGUCUCGGCUCCCUCUGUUCUUCCUACCGUGGGCUCUUCUGUUGACCCAGCCCCCUACAGCAGCAGUCUUCAUGCCAAUAGAAGCUACGCCACUGUGCAGUCGCAGAGUGACGACAGCUUCGAUUUUCACUUGGGCAAUAGCCCUCAUUCAGACCACAAAAGCAGCUCACUUUUGGACCGAGGCAAAAGCCCACAUUCAGACCACAAAAACAGCCCACUUUUGGACCGUGGCAAUAGCCCACAUUCAGACCACAAAAGCAGCUCACUUUUGGACCGGGGCAAAAACCCACAUUCAGACCACAAAAACAGCCCACUUUUAGACCGUGUCAGUAGCCCACUUUUGGACCGUGGCAAUAACCCACAUUCGGACCUCGAGAACAACCCUCAUUCAGAAGGCAACAAUUGUGCCGCUAAACUGCAAUCGCCCACUGAGGUGUGGCAUCAGCCCAUGUGGCCACAAGAUUUUUUCUCCAGUACCAAAACUGCAACAGCUCCUAUCUCCAAUCCUGCCAAUGGUGACCGGAAGAACUUGACCUCCACACGCAGCAAGAAAAAGAAGACGAAGUUUCGUCCUCUCUCUGACUUUGAAGUCAGGGUGGUAAAGGAUGAGGUGGAGCAUUCGGAACCUGUGGGCAGACCUGUGCGUGAGGGAGGAGAUCCCUACGGCUUCGACGAUGAUGAUGACUGUGAGGGUGAUGAGGAUGAGUUCAGCGAGGAAAUGUUGCAGAUGUACAUCCAACUGGAGGAGGCAGAACAGAAAAAGGAUAGUGGACAGGUAUUGCAUUUGCCGCGACUUGGGGGCACCUGUGACGGACCGCCACGCACAUCACUGUUUGCCAAACUGCGACAGCAAGAACAAGAACGAGAGCAACGCGCCAGGGAACCAUGGGCUCCUGGCAAGCGGUUCUGCUCCAAAUGUGGCGGGGAGGGGCAUAUGAUGUACGACUGCCCGCAGUGGAACCAGGUUACGAGCACGUGAUGGGAGAGUCGAUCAGGCUCACCUGAUGGGGUUAUUGUGAGACACUGCAUACAGUUGAUGUGUGUUUGUAGCCGUCCAAUUCACUUACUAGUCCAGCCUGACUCAGUUUUGCCAGAUGUUUUGUAGUCUCAACAUACUGUUUGGUUAAAUGCUUCUACAAGGAGUUAGUAUGCAAUUCCAAUACAUAAUCUAUGUCUUUCAACAUUGAAACCGGUGGGGUUCUGUGUGAGCAAAGCAUGCAUAUAUAGUUUCAAUGAGCCACACAUGAACGCCUACUUGAUAUUCAGUAUUUGUCUUGUAAUGGAUAUUGUGUUAUUUUUUU